AUUUGUUUCUUUGCCUGAUGACGGUGGGGCCGCCAUUAACCGGCGGCGAGGUCUCAGUGGCGGGGUGAGGUACAUCUCUCGUCCCGUCUGCGGGCACGACGCAAUACCAUGAGCCGCGCCGGCUUUAGAGGCGGAAGGGUGUUGCGACUCGAUGUCGGUCCUUUGCGAGUACGUGAUAUAUUCUUGUCCUUCUGGCGCGUGAUCGCCAUUCUUCUCCUUCAUCUUCCUUGCGUAUUCUUAUCCAGCCGCUACCAUGAAGGCCGCGUUUCCCUUGCAGCGCGUCGAGGCCGCGCUCUCGAGCGUCACUAACAAACACACCACGCCCGCUUGUCUUGCGUAUAUCGUGCAGGAUGGCGGUCGCAGAGGUCGCGCUAGUAUACAUACUUCUCAGGUGAAGAAGCAGCCCGCGACGCUUGCCGAGAGCAUACCAGCAUCUUCAUCUGCCCACACCUCCAACGCUUCCCAGGGCGACUCAACCAUGCCCGCCUUGUCUGUCCUACCACUCUCAUCAGUCCUCCGAACAUACUUCAUCACCACCAUCUCCAGCUCGCCCACGCUACUCGGCGCCUCCACAUCUCUACUGCAGCGCAUGCUGAACAGCCGAAACCCGCUCUUCCGCCUCGAUUCCAACCCGGUAAUGCGAGCUCUGCUAUGGGAGACAUUCUACAAACAAUUCUGCGCUGGCGAGACGGAAGCCCAGGUGGACAAGAGAUGUGCGGAGCUGCGGAAAGAGGGAUACGCCGGCGUCAUCCUUGAAUAUGCGCCAGAAGUCCUUGCCGAUGCCGAGGGCAACGAGCCAGAAGAUGUGGCGUUUUGGAGACAGGGCAUGCUGGACUCCGUGAAGAUGGCCUCUCCCGGCGACUUCAUUGGGCUCAAAUGGUCUGGCAUGGGGCCCGAUGCUAUGAGACUGAUGAAAGCGAACAAAGAGCCUACGGAACGCAUGAGCGAAGCCAUGCACGCUCUUUGCAAAGCGGCAGCAGCCAAGAACCUCGCUCUCCUUCCCGCUGCGGAGGAGACGUGGAGUCUGACGGGCUUCCACGAUUGGUGUCUGCGUAUGCAGCGAGUAUACAACAUCGACGGAAAAGCGGUGGUCUACAGCACACACCAAGCAUACCUAAAGCAGACCCCACAGCGAAUUGCCGAGCAACUGGCUAUCGCAAAGGAGGAGGGCUUCACAUACGGCUUGAAGCUGGUGCGCGGCGCAUACUUGGGCACCGAAAAGCGCGAGCUCAUCCAUCCCACCAUCGAAGCCACCCACGCCUGCUACGACAACCUCGCCUCCGCCCUCAUCCACAGAGCCUACAACGACACCCUCCAGCCCAUCAAAGGCGACUCCACCGCAUCCUUCCCCGACCUCAACGUCGUUCUCGCCACCCACAACGCCGUCUCCGUCGAGAACGCGCAGCGCCUCCGCCAAGAACAAGCGGAUCGCGGCGAGGCGCUGACACCGCUGAACUUCGCGCAGCUGCAGGGCAUGGCGGACGAGGUGUCGUGCCGUCUGAUCGCCGACGCGAAGGCGAAUCUGAGCAAUGAUAAGGCGGUCAAGGAGCGGGUGUUCAAGUGCAGCACUUGGGGCCCGAUAUAUGAUUGCCUCAACUACCUUUUGCGGCGUGCGGCGGAGAACAAGGAUGCGGCUGGCCGCACGAAUGAUACGAGGAGGGCCAUGCAGGCGGAGAUUUGGAGGAGGUUCAAGGGGGUUUUUGGAAUGGCUUAGGGCACUGUUUGGCUUACGGAGUUCGGGGCGGAUGGGAGGCGGUGUUCUGCAGCGCUUUUGCAUCGGAUGCACAUUUAUAUUUGGCGUUUGAUGGACGGGAUCCAUGAAUUAGAACGGCCGACUUCUUGCAUAGCGUCUGCUGAAUCUAAUUUGACACCAUCGAAUUUCCCCUUGAGAUAUUACGUUUUCGAUUCUCAACGCAAUAUAGACUAGUAGCACGGCGAGGAGCUGAACAUCUUGUGGAGUGGGCCCGGAUCAUAUCGCCGAGCCGCUUCCCCGCAAGCCAGCCAUUUCAAGGCUGUGGAUUACAUGCAGCCUUACUCAGUCCAUGUCAGCUCGGGCGAAUUAUUGCGCGCAAACAUCC